AUUGUGUUUUCAAACGUGAAGUAGUGAACGUGAACUUUAGUGAAACCCAAAUCGGAGAUGGCUCGUACCAAGCAAACUGCUCGCAAAUCGACUGGUGGAAAGGCGCCACGCAAACAACUGGCUACUAAGGCCGCUCGCAAGAGUGCUCCAGCCACCGGAGGUGUGAAGAAGCCCCACCGCUAUCGCCCUGGAACCGUGGCCUUGCGUGAAAUUCGUCGCUACCAAAAGAGCACCGAGCUUCUAAUCCGCAAGCUGCCUUUCCAGCGUCUGGUGCGUGAAAUCGCUCAGGACUUUAAGACGGACUUGCGAUUCCAGAGCUCGGCGGUUAUGGCUCUGCAGGAAGCUAGCGAAGCCUACCUGGUUGGUCUCUUCGAAGAUACCAACUUGUGUGCCAUUCAUGCCAAGCGUGUCACCAUAAUGCCCAAAGACAUCCAGUUAGCGCGACGCAUUCGCGGCGAGCGUGCUUAAGCUGACACGGCAUUAACUUGCAGAUAAAGCGCUAGCGUACUCUAUAAUCGGUCCUUUUCAG